UUUCAAUUUCAAGUCUCAAAGGAGACCCUACUAAUACAUUUCUUACCGAACCAAAUAAAAGUCACAAAGAGUGUUCUUUCAUUCUUCCAUCACUCUCUCUUUCUCUCUCUUGUUUCUCUCUCAUCAGUCAACAUAACCAUGGAUUCCAACAACAACCUCAAAUCUCCAAGAAACGGUUCUUCUCUUCCUUCACCACGCUAUAGCCAGAGCUCUAGCAGCAGCAGCAACAACAGUAACAUCAUCAACAAUGGAACAGUUUUGAAUCUUCCAAAACCUGUCACCAGAUCCGAACCGGGUAACCCAUACCCGACAACAUUCGUUCAAGCUGACCCAUCUUCGUUCAAACAAGUUGUUCAAAUGUUAACCGGAUCCGCUGAAACCGCAAAACAAACCUCUUCAAAUUCCACCACCACCACCACCAACAACAACAACAACGUAAGAAACCAUAUUCCACCUAUCAAAACCAUACCCAAAAAACCAAACCAAUCCGGUUUCAAACUCUACGAACGAAGAAACUCUCUCAAGAAUCUCAAACUCAACCCUCUUCUACCUGUUUUCUCUUCAAACCCUUCUGGUUUCUCUCCUCGUAACGCUGAUGUUCUGUCACCAAGUAUCCUCGAUUUCCCCGCACUUGUUCUCAGUCCUGUCACCCCUCUGAUACCCGACCCGUUUAACAGAAACAACGUCCCCGGUGGUGGUGGAAGCGGUUACCGAUGCGGGAAUGGGAGUCAGAGUCCAAGUCCGAGUCCGAGUUCGAAACCAGUUUUGAACACUGAAGCUGAAGAAAAAGCUAUCAGAGAGAAAGGGUUUUUCUUGCACCCUUCACCGGGAAACACUCCAAGAGACUCUGAACUUCGUUUGCUUCCUCUCUUUCCAACUACUUCUCCAAGAGCUUCGGGUCCUUCUUCUUCUUCUACUUCCAGUACUUGAAUUUUAUUUUAAUUUUUAAUUUUUUGUUUUUUAGAUUUUGUUUUAGAUUUUUAUUUUUAUAUUUAUAUUAAUGGCAUUGAUGAGGUUGAAAGAGAUCAUUUUGGUGUAAUGGACAGAAUCGAAAAUCUUGCUUCAAUUGUA